UGGGCAUUUUUAACACCAGGAGCAUUCUUACUUAGAUUAAAUCAUGGGUCUCCCUGGUCUCCAGACAUGCCUAGACAUGCACCAUAAGGCAAUGAGAUCCUUGGAGUUUCUCUAGUAACUGCAGGCCAAAUCAACAGCAACCCUAAGAACUAGCAUUCUUUUUUAUUUUAUUUUUUUCAAACAGAACUAGGCCACACACGUCUUUUGUCAUUUUCCAGUUGCACUAUAUACAAAAUAAACUGCAUUUAAAAAAACUUAUUUCAGUAGACCGUGCAUCUUGAUGACUUUUAUAUAUAUAUGUUUUUUGAUAACUUCGAAGAAAAUUUUAAAAAUCUACCUUCCAAGGCACCUAGCACAACGAUUGCUUUGGAUGGCAGCAAUCCAGCCCAGCACGCGCCAAAAGUUGUUUGGAUCCGCGCAUCUGACUCCCAAGACUGAGCAAGCACUACACCUGCUAUCACCACGGAAGUAGGCUUCAGCGUGCUGGAACCCCAACAUCUACAGAACAGACUGUGGGCCUCCAGCGGUGACUGUUAGCGGCUUCUUGGACAGGGAGUGCUGGAAGGAGGGGGGAAGGAGCUUGGAGAAGCGUCCUGAGUUGCCAUGGAAACGGGGCCCGGCUCAGAUGUCAGCUCCGACCACGAAAUUUGCUCUCCAGGAUUACUGGUGUUUGCUGGCUGCUCCGAACAGGAUAGCAGCCUGGCUAAGCAGUUCUGGCUCCGGGCGUCGAUGUCUCCCACUAACGAAUCUCAGCUGAUGCUGACAAGAGGGAGCAGUCAGCGUUUGCCUGUUGCGGGCUCUAAGAGUAAUGUCGCCGAGAAAAGUCACAUCCAGCCUUCUCCCUCUGAGAAUAACAAGAAUACUGAUAUCAUUGCUGAAACCCUAAGGAUUCAGGAAGCUGAGGAGAAAGAAAAGUACCUCCAAAAGGCUAAAAAGAGAGAUGAGAUUCUCCAACUCUUAAGAAAACAAAGAGAAGAAAGGAUCUCGAAAGAAUUGAUUUCCCGUCCUUAUAAAGUUAAAGACAAAGUACACAACAAAACGCCAGUGGUACCAGAGACAGAUAGUAAGGACCAGGAAGAAGUCAAAGCCUUGGACUGAUCUGACUGACUCACAGUAGAAGAUGGCUUAAUACACCUUUGGCUUACAUCAGGAUCAAAAUUAGAGAAAAGAAGUUAAAGAUUUGCAGGUUUUUAGGAAUCUUACCAGUUUUUGAACACAUGGUUUAAAAUAGAUUAAGAAAUAAAGGUUACCUAUGCAGACUUU